AUGGAGACCGAGGCGGCGGCGGCGGCGGCGGCGGGAGGGGACGGCUUCACCUCAGCCACCGGGCGGCGGCGGCGGCGGCGGCGGGAGGCGGAGAAGAAGGGGGAGGAUGAGGAGAUGGCGGAGCCGCGGCCCCGCAAGAGGCCCGCCUUCCCGGCCCUGCCCGCCGAGGCCCUGGGGGUCGGCGGCGGGGAGGUGCGGAAGGUGGCCGUGCCGGCUAACAGGUACACGCCGCUGAAGGAGAACUGGAUGAAGAUUUUCACGCCCGUCGUGGAGCACCUGCAGCUGCAGAUCCGGUUUAACCUGAAGACGAGGAACGUGGAGAUCAAGACUUGUCAGGAGACAAAGGAUCUCAGUGCUCUAACGAAAGCAGCCGAUUUUGUGAAAGCAUUUAUACUUGGCUUCCAAGUAGAGGAUGCUCUUGCUCUCAUCAGAUUAGAUGAUCUUUUUCUAGAGUCAUUUGAAGUUACAGAUGUCAAACCUUUGAAAGGAGAUCAUCUGUCAAGAGCAAUAGGGAGAAUAGCAGGGAAAGGUGGAAAAACAAAAUUCACAAUAGAAAAUGUAACAAGGACACGAAUAGUUCUUGCUGACUCGAAAAUUCAUAUUUUAGGAUCUUUUCAGAACAUCAAAAUGGCACGAACAGCAAUUUGCAAUCUAAUUUUAGGAAGUCCUCCAUCAAAAGUUUAUGGCAAUAUCAGAGCUGUGGCCAGCAGAGCAGCUGAAAGGUUCUGAGGCGCAGUGCAGCUGCUUUACCAAGGACUGGGGCUGGGAAGCAUGCUCACCAUAUGCACAAGCUGUGCAUUCAUGGGGGCUGCAGAAGUGCUCAGCCCUCUGCCUUGGAAGCCCAGAAGAGAAAUGGGACUGUUUGUGCAAUCUGACUUUCUUCAGGCACACCAUCUGAUUUGAACAGUCUUGGUGUUGAAUAGCCAUUAAAAGCUGUUCUAAAACA